AUGGCUGCGGAGCACGUCUACCAGCCAGUUGGUGAUCCACCCCGUGGCUACCCAACCGGAGGAACUGAUGUUUAUCAGCCCGGCGAGCCAACUCGGGUCUACCAGACCAGAGGAGGCCUCGCUGACCGCUGCGACUGCACCGAUGCUUUGCGGAACCUGGGCCCGGCGAUGGGCAUCCUGGCCUCGGCAGCAGACCCUUGGCCUUGA